GGGCGGGCAGGAGGCCGGGGCCGCCGUGGGUGUCCGAGCAGCGCGCUGGGAGCCCCGCUAGGCGUCCGCGGGCAGCUCCGGCCCCGGGCCUGAGGCGCCGGAGAAGGCGGGGAGGAGAGGAGGCCGGUUGCGGGCCCCCGCGCCAGGGCGAGGCGGAGUCAGGGUUCCCGGACACAAGAGACGCUUUUAUGUGACAGAAUGGAUGAGCAGUCACAAGGCAUGCAGGGGCCUACUGCUCCACCCUUUCAGCCACAGAAAGCCUUGCGACCUGACAUGGGCUAUAAUACACUCGCCAAUUUCCGAAUAGAGAAAAAGAUUGGCCGUGGGCAGUUCAGUGAAGUUUACAGAGCAACGUGCCUGUUGGAUGGGGUACCAGUGGCACUGAAGAAGGUUCAGAUAUUUGAUUUAAUGGAUGCCAAAGCCCGUGCUGACUGCAUCAAAGAAAUAGAUCUUCUAAAGCAACUGAAUCAUCCAAAUGUAAUUAAAUACUAUGCCUCAUUCAUUGAAGACAACGAACUGAACAUAGUGUUGGAAUUAGCUGAUGCUGGAGAUCUCUCUAGAAUGAUAAAGCAUUUUAAGAAACAGAAGAGGUUGAUUCCUGAAAGAACAGUUUGGAAGUACUUUGUUCAGCUUUGCAGUGCCUUGGAACAUAUGCAUUCUCGUCGUGUUAUGCAUAGAGAUAUAAAGCCAGCUAAUGUGUUCAUUACAGCUACAGGGGUAGUAAAGCUUGGAGACCUUGGACUUGGUCGAUUUUUCAGCUCCAAAACCACAGCUGCACAUUCUUUAGUUGGUACACCUUAUUAUAUGUCUCCAGAGAGGAUACACGAAAAUGGUUACAACUUCAAGUCUGACAUCUGGUCUCUAGGCUGUCUGCUGUAUGAGAUGGCUGCACUGCAGAGUCCCUUUUAUGGUGAUAAAAUGAACUUGUACUCCCUGUGCAAGAAGAUAGAACAGUGUGACUACCCACCUCUACCUUCAGAUCACUAUUCAGAGGAACUGCGACAGUUAGUUAAUAUGUGCAUCAACCCGGAUCCAGAGAAGAGACCAGACAUAACCUAUGUCUACGAUGUAGCGAAACGUAUGCAUGCACACACUGCAAGCAGCUAAACAGACAUCAGAUUCAUGAAGAAAACAGCAAAAAUAACCAAGUAUUUGAAGUAAAUAAUCCCACCUCUUAGUGUGUUACUGAAAUGUAAUUAUUUGAAGCUUAAUGUUGUGCUUAUGUUGUAAACCAAUUUAUAUACGAGCUUUGUUGUUUUCUGUUUUUCUAUUUUUCGUUUUUUUUUUCUAACUUACAGUUUUACAACAGGUUUAAAUAUGUAAAGCAUAACUUUAAAAGAUAUUGAGAAACAUUGUUUUUCAUGUUAAGUGGAUUCAAGUAUAUUUUCUUUUGAAAAAAUUUUGUUUGGGCCUCAGUUCUAAAACACAGUUGCACUUUUGCACAUGAUGCAGAUAUUAGGCUUAUUAUCCAGAAGCAAAAUGUCUGAAUCUCUCACCUUUUUAGUAAUUUAUGGAAAGUAGGAAUCAGCAUAGAUAACUUUAUUUUAAUUUUUGUUCUAAGAGGGACAUAGUUAUUAUAGAAGAUUAUUGUAUUUUAUGUUGAGUUGUAGUUUGCAGUUCUUGGUGUAAGAGCAGGCAGGUGAUCGGAUUAGUUCUCUGCUUGCCAAAUGUGAUGGGAAAAUAGUUUCAAGAAAAAUUGUCAUGCUGAAAUUUUUGUAACAUCCCUUUUUCUUUUGUUACUCUGUCAUAAUGCAUAUAAGACAUUUGUUGAAGGUUUUCUGUGAAAAUUUAAGGUGUUGAUUCUGGAAUUUGAUCUUUUUCAAUAGACUAUUGCCCUGGGGCAAUAGGAAUCUGCAUAGUUCAGUCUUAAAACGCUGCAGAUGGUUCUUGUAGCAAAUAGGGUUCUUUUGAGGCUAGCACUUGUGAGGAGGUUUGAUGAAAAGAUGCAAUCUUUAAGUAACAACUUCCCAACUGUUUAUGUAUAUGUCACUGCUUGUAGAUUUGUGUUCAAAAUAAUUCGAGUGGCCUUACAGCAUGCCUUGAAUACAUUACAGUAUAUUUAAAUUUUAAUUAUUUUUUUUUUUAAAUACAGAAACCUUUUGGAAAAGAUAUAGUAGUGUAGUAAAACAGAAAAUCUAUUUUUCAUUAUGUGAUUUUGUAUGCUCUAUCCUGAAAAUUAGUUUUAUAUUUAGCAAAAGAGAAUUUUAGCUUUUGUGUUUAAAAGAAAGUUGCUACUUCUUUAUUUGGGAAAUAAGGAUAUAUGCAAAAUGAUUUUCAAAUACUUUAUUAGUUGAAAAGGAAAUUAAGAAUAUUUUUGUUAGACCUUUUGUUAGACUUCAGUACCUUUUUGGGUAUACUUAAAUAAUAUUUUAUUGUUAAGGAAGGAAGGGGUCUUGUUUUUAAAUGUGGUAAAAAUGGAGAAUGUAAAAUUAUCUGAAUUUUUAUACAGAACUUUCCAAACAUAAUUAUUACCAGAAGCUGUUAUGGUCAAAUAAAUCUUUUUCCUUCUAUGGGUAAAAAGAAGUUAUUUCAAAUAAAGCAGCAGUAUGUACAUACACAUACAGGUUCUAGAUGGAGUCAGUUCCUGCAUGUUCAGAUUUUUUUGUUUGUUUAUCUGUGCAGCUUUAAAUUUUGAUUUGAUUCUCGAGAAAUAAAAAUCUAGCUGUGUGGUUU